CGCGAGAAGCUUUGGCUCCGUCUGGGCCCGCCCACAGGAAGUAGCGGGCAGUCUGUGUCCGUGACGUGGAGAGGGGAGGGAUCCAGCAACAUGGCGGCGGUUCGACAUCUGGUUUUCAUCUGGGCUUUCACACUCUUAGCCAGUACCCUAGCCUUGUCCCCCAGUCACUACCUGAGCCGAGAUGAUGUGGAGCGGCUAAAGAAUUUCUUGGAACGUCCCGUAACAGACCUGGAAUCUGCUUACUACUAUGUUGUAGGGUUUUACCAUCUUGGUGCCAGUGUGCUCGAUGAACAGACUGCGUGUGAUUUCAUCCGCUCGAAGGUGGAUCAUGGUAGUGUGGAUUCACUAUUUUAUGCUGCCCAGUCCAGCCAAGCCUUGUCCAACUGCGAGGUGACAAUCUCCAAUGAAACCAGAGACUUGUUGCUUGGAGCAGUAAGUGAGGACUCCACGGUCAAUCAGAUCUAUCAUGCAGUGGGAGCCCUCAAUGGCUUUGGUCUUCCACUGGCCUCCCAGGAAGUAGUUGGGGCCCUCACCACUCGGCUCAGCAAGGAGGAGAAUGUGCUUGCAACCAUCGAAGCACUGCUGACCGCAUCACUUCUGUCCCAGCAAGCAGACAUGCGGGGGAUCGUGGAAGAGAUAGAGGAUUUGGUGGCACGUCUUGAUGAUUUGGGUGGUCAGUACCUACAGUUUGAAGAAGGGCUGGAAGCCACUGCUCUCUUUGUGGCUGCUACAUACAGACUUUCUGACCAUGUUGGCGUGGAGCCUGCACUGAAAGAGGAACAAAUCGUCCAGUUAAUGAAUGCUAUCUUCAGCCGAAAGAACUUUGAAUCCCACUCAGAAGCAUUCAGUGUGGCAUUGGCAGCUUCUGCUCUAUCACACAACCGCUACCACAUCCCUCUUGUUGUGAUACCCGACGGUCCUGCUGCUGUAUCCCAUAAACAACCCCUCCUACGACUGCGGGUUACAAAUGUCCUAUCUCAGUCUCUGACUGAAGCCAAAGUGAAAGUCAAUUAUGCCAAAUCAUCCAGCACCAAAGCCACAGUCCUUCAACAGACCACCUUCUCUGCAUCUGGUGACGCCUUUGAACUAAACUUCAUGGAGACCAAACCUGCCAGUGGUUAUUAUGACUUUUCAAUUAGUGUGGAGGGAGACAGCCGCUACCUGGCAAGCCAAGUGGAGCUCAAAGUGAAAGUAUCCACAGAGGUUGGAAUAGGAAAUGUUGACCUCUCCAUUGUAGACAAAGACCAAAGUAUGUCUCCAAAGACUGCCAGGGUAGUGUACCCCUCUAAAGCUAAAGGAUCCUUCACUGCUGAUAGCCACCAGAAUUUUGCCUUGUCCUUCCAGCUCACAGAUGUGAACACAGGGGCUACUCUCACACCACACCAGACCUUUGUCCGACUGCACAACCCGAAGACCGGACAGGAAGUUGUAUUUGUAGCUGAGCCAGACAGUAAGAACAUCUAUAGGUUUGAGCUUGAUCCAUCUGAGAGGAAGUCUGAGUUCGACUCUGCAUCGGGAACAUACACACUCUACCUGAUCAUUGGAGAUGCCACCCUGGAGAACCCCAUCUUGUGGAACAUAGCUGAUUUGGUCAUUAAGUUCCCUGAAGAGGACAUUCCAACUCCGAUCCAGUCCAAAAACCUGUUUACCCCCAAGCAAGAUAUUCAGCAUUUAUUCAGAGAGCCUGAGAAAAGACCUCCUAAUGUUGUAUCCACAACCUUCACUGCGCUAGUCCUUUCUCCUCUGCUGCUGCUAUUCAUCCUUUGGAUAAAAGUGGGCGUAAAUAUCUCCAACUUCAGCUUCUCUCCCAGCACCCUUAUCUUUCACCUGGGACAUGCAGCUAUGUUGGGCCUGAUGUACGUGUAUUGGACACAACUGGACAUGUUUCAGACCCUGAAGUACUUGGCGAUUUUGGGGACAAUCACCUUCCUGGCAGGAAACCGCAUGCUUGCUCAAAAAGCAGUCAAAAGGACUGCAGCUGAGCAGAGCAGUAGGCUGGCAAAGUAUAGAACUCUUCGGUAAUCGUGGGGCAAUCCAUGAAGACGGAGAAAUGAGUCUGGACCAUAAAAUGAAGAUGAUAUGAAGAUGCCAGCCUUCAUACGUGCAUUUGUGAAAGUUCAAACUGCAGUCUUGUUUGUUUUUUGGGUUGUUUUGUUAGUUUUUUUUUUUAGUUUUUUUUUUUUUAUUUGUAUUUUUUAUUUUAUUUUUUUGGCCCAAAUGAAGUUUUCUGCCCUGAUUGUUCAGUGACCACUCCCAUACACAUGGCCAUCUCUCCUUUCCAGCAAAAUCACAACGGAGUUAAUGGCCGACAUACAUGGACAUCUCAUACUGUGCCAGACAAGGUUGUGAUUCGGCGGUGUCACCAUGGCAACCUUGUUCCUUUACAGGCAGUCAUAUGGGUGCGAGGCGUAUCGGGAUCACUUUUUUUUUUUUUUUUUGUGGGAUGAGAAGGGUUUUGGAUGUCAGGGGAAUAAAGGACUUUGUACAAUUAUUCUCCUGAAAAUAAAAUGGAAGGUUGGAGGGUAA